CCCGCUCGGCUCAGAGAUGGUCCUGGGCCUCCUCCUCCUGGCGCUGCCCGCCCUGCUCGGGACGCACGACAGGCUGGCCCAAGGCCUGCGGAUCCAUGAAUAUUUGUACUUCCAAGUGCUGAGCCCCGGAGACAUCCGCUACAUCUUCAGCGCCACUCCGGCCAGGGAUUUCGGGGGUGUCUUUAAUACCCGCUAUGAGCAGAUCUACUUGGUGCCCGCCGACCCGCCCGAGGCCUGCGGGGAGCUCAGCAACGGCGUCUUCAUCCAGGACCAGAUCGCGCUGGUGGAGCGGGGAGGAUGCUCCUUCCUCCUGAAGACCCGGGUGGUGCAGGAACACGGCGGCCGGGCUGUGAUAAUCGCCGACAACGCUUACGACAACGACAGCUUCUACGUGGAGAUGAUCCAGGACAGCUCCCGCCGCACCGCUGACAUCCCGGCCCUGUUCCUCCUGGGGAGAGACGGGUACAUGAUCCGCCGCUCCCUGGAGCGCCACGGCCUGCCGUGGGCCGUCAUCUCCAUCCCCGUCAACGUGACCAGCAUCCCCGCCUACGAACGACUUCAGCCGCCCUGGACCUUCUGGUAGCCGGCAGGCACGUUGGCAUCCGCCUGUGCUGUGCGACGCCUGGUACAUCCCACCCUGGCCGGCGUGGAGCCCCCCGCGACCUUCCCGAAGUGACCGGGGGGCUUCGGGCCCACCACCAUCUGGCUCCUUGGCCGUAGGGGAGGCCCACCCCUCUUCCCGCCCUCCCGCCUGGCGAGGGUCUCCGCCACCUGGGUCCUCUCAAGACGGCUUCUUUCCUGGGACCGAGGCCCUCGGGCGGGAAGACGGCAUCGGGAAUUCCCGGCUUCGUGAGGGGAGGACGGAAGGCCGUCGGUGGAGUUGCCCUCUUUCUCUAGGCCCAUCCUACUCCGGAGACGUGUCUUCCAGCCCGUUGCGGCUUCGGGCAAGGGGCCGGACCCCAAAUUCUCAGUCUUCCCCAAAGCCCCGACUCCGGGGGUUCAUGCCGGGCACUGUCUCGACGCCUCCCGAGCAGGGAUUUGGGUAAUAAAGCGGAGUUCGGCGA